CAGGGAAAAUAUGGCUGCGAUGGAUGAGGUUCAGUUUUCGGCGCUGCAGAUCUUAUUGAAAGCUUCAUCCAAAGAUGUUGUCCGGCAGUUAUGCCAAGAGUGCUAUUGUAGUUCAGCGAGUGGCUCAGACAAAUUGAUGGAGAGCACCUGUGCCAGUCUCUCAGUUGCACCAAAUGAAGCAAAUCAGUUAAUCCAUUCUUUGCACAGCCUAACAAGGCAUGUGGUUUACCAUGGCCUGACAUCUCCAGAAGAAAUUAUUUCCCUCUUUCCGGAAGGAUUUCACCAGAACCUUAAAAAUCUCCUGACCAAGAUAAUUUUGGAAAAUGUUUCUGCCUGGAGAAACGAAGCACAAGCCAGUCAGAUUUCCCUGCCACGGCUAGUGGAUAUGGAUUGGAGAGUGGACAUCAAGACGUCCUCAGACACUGUCAGCAGAAUGGCUGUCCCUACCUGCUUGCUGCAGCUCAAGAUUCAGGAAGAUGCUGCCUUGUGUGGGAAUGACUUCACAACCUCUGCACUGACGGUAGAGCUGAAUAAACAAACAUUGGACACUAUGCUAGAUGGCCUGGGAAGGAUUCGGGACCAGCUGUCUGUUAUUGCAAAUAAAUAAUGCCGUGAAUAAAGAAUUGCAGGAGCCAUCCACACGCA